GCUAUGGUUGCUUGUUAUCCUGGCUCAGGCUCACACUACGUUAGACACGUAGACAAUCCUCAUAAAGAUGGGCGUAUUAUAACAGCUAUUUACUAUUUAAAUGUAAAUUGGGAUACAAAUCGUAGCGGUGGAAUACUGAGAAUAUUUCCUGAGCGAGGACAAACAAUAGCAGAUAUCGAACCAAAGUUCGAUAGACUCAUAUUUUUCUGGUCAGAUCAUCGUAAUCCACAUGAAGUACAACCUGCACAUCGUACACGUUAUGCCAUAACUGUUUGGUAUUUCGAUGCCAUUGAACGUGAAGCAGCAUUAAAUCGUUGGAAACAUGAUAAUGAUCCAAGAUCCAAUGCAACAAACACAACAACAAAUGCAAAUUUAAGCGGUGUAACCUCAAAUAGAAACAGCGAAUCAAAUACCAAUUCUAAUUUGCAUACCAAUAUAAAUGAAUCUACAACAAAUACACCAGCGUCAGACACAACAACAACAACAGCAACACCAACAACAACGUCAACGAAUUUAAGUAUAAGUGAUAAUUGCACGUAACAAAAUAUUUGUUACUGUGGACGCUGCAAUAAUUCGACAAUUGGAGCGACUUUAAUUCAAUGCCAUUGCAAUUAGUUAGGAAUUAAAUUGUAUAUUUUUGCUUAAAAUUUGUACAUUUUUAAGUUUGUUUAAAAAUGUAUGUA